AUGGCGGAUGAUGAACUGUUCCAGAUUGCCAAGUCAGUGGGUCCAGUGCCGGGAAUGGACGAGUCUCACGUCAAGUCGACAGAUGAGGAGGGUUGUUUUGAGUACAUUUGCAGUUUCAUGUCCAGUGAGCCUUUACUGGAGUUAGAGGAUUCUGGGAUGGCACAUUUAUUAAACUUAAGGGAGUUAAUCGACAUAGUCAUUCAGGGUCGUGCUUCACAAGUUGCUGUAGCAAUUGAUGUAUCGGGCAGUGGGGAUGUAAGUAAUGCUAAUGAUAAUGCUAACCCAACUGAUGAUAGUGAUGCUACCGGUGCUGGGAUUACUAAUACAACCCACAUGGCACUAUCUACGGCUAGUGACACACAUGACACAGAGCUGCAGAAAAUACUUACUAGUUAUGAGGAGCCGAGUAAGAAAAUUAUGCAGUGCAAACAUACACCCACUCCACAGUCUGUACCUCAGUCAUCUGUAAGGAUAGGAUGCACCACACAGAGUAGUAACGUAGCAGGCACCAGAGGUUUAAGUAAACACUCAACACCAUUAACACAUGACAAGUUGCUCUCCUUAAGAGAGUUGUCUUACCUUCAUCGCAGGGAACUGAAGAUCCAGGGGGGUCAGAUUGGGGACCAGGGGUCAGAUCUCAGCUAUAACAGUGUCUGUCGGCAGAUGGAAGACGGUUUAAAGGAGCAGUUCAGUGAUGCAGAGGUUGUAAGAGCCGUCCUCAAAGUCGUCAAGCCAGGAACUUUUAAAGACAUGUUGAUGAAUAAGGAUGAUCUGACUGUAGAGGAGCUAAAAGCAUUCCUCCACUCCCACCUGGGUGAGCAAAGUAACACAGAGCUGUUCCAGGAGCUCAUGUGCACCAAACAAAAAGACAAUGAGACACCCCAACAGUUCCUAUACAGAGUCAUAGGACUUAAGCAGAAGAUCAUGCUGGCCUCCAAACAUGCUGACACUGAUGUAAAGUACAAUGCAAGCACAGUGCAGGAUGUGUUCCUCCACACCGUAUAUCAGGGUUUAGGUCAUAAGCAUGAUGAUGUCCGCAGAGAGCUGAAGCCAUUGCUUGUGGACCCCAGGGUAUCGGAUGAGUUAAUCUUAAAACAGAUGAAGAAAGUGAUGUGUGAAGAAAGUGAAAGGCAGCGAAGGCUAGGUCCCGCCACCCGCCAAAGACUAACAAAUGUGCACAGUGCUCAGUCUGAAGUUAAUGCUGCACAGUGUCCUAGUGUAAAGGAGAAGGUACCAAAAACAGAUGUGAUCCAGCAGUUAACGGAAAAACUUGAACAGCUUACAAGUACAGUUGAACUCAUGAGACAGUCAAUGCAGACACAGGUGGCAGGACAGUUCAGCCACAAUGGGAAAGGUAGAGGAGACCGCAGGAGAGAGAAACCAUAUUGCUGUGACAAGUGCGUGGAACAGAAUCGUCCCGACUGCCCUCAGGGAAAAGCUUACCAUCAGGGUUUCAUCGCCGAGGGUUCACGUCACCUGACUGCCUUCGUCACCCCGUGGGGCCUCAAUGAAUGGGUCCGUAUCCCAUUCGGACUCUCAAAUGCCCCAGCAGCAUUUCAGCGGAGCAUGGAGGAGGUGCUAGGCACCCUCAGGGAUGAAUGCUGCAUCCCUUAUCUGGAUGACGUGCUCUGUUAUGCGAGAACAUUCAAUGAACACGUGGAGGCCCUCCGCAAAGUGCUCCAGGCUCUUCAACAUCACGGAGUAAAACUGAGACCUGAGAAGUGUGAGCUCUUCAGACAAGAAGUCAGGUACGUGGGGCGCCUUGUGUCAGCUGAUGGUAUCAAGAUAGACCCACGGGAUCUUGAAGCAGUCAAAACCUUGACCAGCAAGACACCACAGACAGUUGGUGAAGUAAGGAAACUGACCGGCUUCUUGGGAUAUUAUCGCUCCUACAUCCAGGAUUUUUCCAGGAUCGCAAAGCCAAUCUAUGAGCUUCUCCAAACUAAAUCAGGGAAAGCCCAGAUUCAAACAUGUGGGAAAACCACCAAACGCCCACAGCUGCCUUCCCGACAGCCUAUUGACUGGACCACUCAACAUCAGGAAGCUUUAGAGCAACUGGUCACUCUCCUUAUAACCCCACCUGUCUUAGCGUAUCCUGAUUUCAACCUACCUUUCACGCUGCAUACAGACGCCUCAGACCAGGGCCUGGGG